AUGUAUUUCUACCGAUUAUUCAUAAGAUUCUCCCUACGGCUGACCGAGUUCCUCGACCUGCGACCAACUAAUUCUACGUAUACUCAUGAUGUUAAGAAGGAAUACGGGUGUAUCUCUGCCCCGUGCAGACUUCGCACCGCAUUGUGUGAUGUGACAAAACACGGCCCUAGUGCGGCCCGCCAUCGUGCCGCGUCGAGCCCGUAUGCUGCAGCCCUAUCCCACUUGGUGCCGGAGAGUAGGAAUGGCCGUGUUGUACGUAGCCCGAUGGGCAAGCCUAGAAGGUCCCUUCCAUCCGAGGCUAAGAUCAAUUUUAUCGUCUAG